GGGAGUGGAAUUUUUUAUUGUUCCCAGGACCCUAUUGGACAUAAGCCCGUAGGCAGUUGCACAGUUACAAACACAGUUGAGUCCAGUUAAGCUGCUGGAAAGACAGAGAACAGACUAUACUCACUGUGAUCUGCUUUACUCUGCUUUCUCUGACUGAGAACGUCUGAGAUGGCCUCCAAUAUGACGGAUUAUGAUUACAAUGCACAGAUGGAGGCGGAGACAUUAGAAAUGGCGUUCCUGGAACGCGUCAGGAUGCAAUACAUUGUCGCGUACCUCGUCUCCUGCGUUCUCGGCGUGAUCCUCAAUGCGUAUGUGAUCGUAGCAGGCUGCAGGGUUUACCACAACUUGCAGAAGUCGGCGCCAAGCGUGUGGGUCCUCGCUCUGGCCACGACCCACCUGAUCUCCUCUGCCUUCCUGGUGAUGCAGUUCCUCUACGCCUGGCAUCAUUUCAACUGGAAGUAUGGAACCGCUCUGUGCAAGAUCUCGUCCUACGUCAUCUACGCCAGCUUGUUCUCCACGGCCGCCCUGCUCAGCAUGUGGACCAUCAGCAGCAGCGACUGCAUCCAAGGGCUUCGCACUAAAUGUGGCAUCAACAGCAUAACCAUGGUCCUGGUCCUCGUUCUGAGCUCCUGGACUUUCGGAACGGUCCUCAGCGUCCCGUCUCUGUUCUCGCGGGAGCUUCGAUACACAAGGUUAGGGCAGGAGUGCAUUGACGACUACGAUCUGGACGACACCAAGACCACAGACUAUGGACGGGAAUAUAUGAUUAUUGUGGUUCUCAGCAGGUUCCUGCUGGGGGUUUUGGGUCCCAUGUUCGUGAUGAUCAUCUUCACCUUCGCGUCAGGACGACGGGGCCGUAAAGAGCACGCGACUUGCAGAAGGAUCACUUGUGUCAUCAAACUGAUGUACUUCGUGUGCUGGGCCCCCCUCCUUUUUCUGGGGCUUUAUCAAGCCAUCGCAGGAAAUUCCGAUUUUAUGAUAAGAACUGGGCUUCCAGGAGCCACCAUUCUGGCUGCAGCUCACUCCUUUAUCAACCCAGUUGUUUAUCUGUUGGUGGGUCACAAACUAAACAUGCACUGGAUGGUACUUAACCCUCGUGAGAACACUAUUGAUGUCAUGCCCCUAAACCAAAUGGUGGAAUAAGAAACAAUCCAUCUUUUGAGAUUCCUGAUGAGAUUCUUUGUAUCUUUUGCACAAGCAACAGCAGUAGGCAACAGCUUACAGCCCAAAAAUAUUCCAAUCCAAUUAUAGUGGGCACAGAGAACAGACUCUCAUAAUGGGACUCUGUCUGAUGGCACCCACUCCCAUUGCGAGUGGUGCGCAAGAAAAAUGCAGAGAACGAGGAGAAACAACGUAGCAAGAGCAGCUCCAGCAAAUAUACUGAAUCCUCCAUCCUCCACUGGAUCAAUUAUGUAUUUUCUAUCAAUUAAUUGUACACAGUGAACGAACAGUGGAAUGUACUGUGUGUAUGUAAGUUUGUGUGUGUGUAAAUGUAUGUAUGACCGUGCUCAGUCUGUAGUGGACCCCUGAUCUAGACAUAUUUAACCCCAAUUAAAAAAUAAGUUGUUGUUGUUUAAAAUGGUAAUAAUGCGAAUUUAAAAAAAGUGGAAUAAAAAAAGAAAGAUUUUUUUUAAUUAAAUCAUAAAGUAAAUUGUAUAUAAUAUUGCCUGGAGAAAUCCCUGUGUGUGAGGGAAAAGGUCUGGGUGUUCAGUAAUGGAUGCUGGUGAUCUUCAGGCCCUCAGGCAGCACUGCAUUAAAAAUAGGCAUUUCAUUCUAUGUUAAGGACUUUUUUUUUCUAAUUUGUCUCCAAAUUGUUAGAAAGCUCUGUCAGCUUUCCUUCUAAGAGACUGACUGUCUGUUUAAUCUUAUUUAACAUGAGGCAGAAUGAGCAACGUAAUCAAAUAUCUGAGUAAAUAUUUUCAGCACUGAAGUUAUAUUUCCCCCAGUGAUCCACCAACAAACUUGUUUUAGUUCUUACAGUCAGACACUGUCCGGUGUUUGGUCUGGCAGAUGGUUUGGGAAGAGAGCCCAGUUCCACAAAGUCCUGAUUCCAGUCAAAAUAGCCUUUAAUCACAUGUUAUUAUUUUUAUAAGAGUAUAGGAUAACACUGUUUCUGCUGUAGACUGAAAACACUUGGGACUUGGGUUUGACAUUUAAAAAAUUAAUAACCAAAGAUCAACACUUU